UCAGUGAUCACAUUCGAGGUGAGGAUUGCAAUCUUUGUUACCGUCCCUAAAAUCAAAAUUUUCCCUUGUCCCAGCGCCCAUUGAAAACUGGAAAUCGCUGCCUCGUUCAUGCAUCGCAUCCCCACUUCUGAUUUCUCCACAAAACAUCACACACAAUGCCGCCGGAAAAUGAUUCGCUUCGGGAGUUCCUUGGCGCUGCGGUGGAUGCCGCCAACAAAGCCGGUCAGUUAAUUCGUGAGAAAUUCUAUCAAACCAAACAUGUGGAACACAAAGGCGAGGUGGAUUUGGUCACUGAAACUGAUAAGGCUUGUGAAGAACUCAUAUUCAAUCACCUGAAGCAGCGUUACCCAUCGAAUAAGUUCAUUGGAGAAGAAACUAGUGCUGCUUAUGGUGCUGUGGAGCUGACUGACGAGCCCACAUGGAUAGUUGAUCCCAUUGAUGGAACCACUAACUUUGUUCACGGGUUUCCCUUUGUCUGUGUCUCAAUUGGGUUAACUAUUGGCAAAGUUCCAACAGUUGGUGUUGUUUACAAUCCAAUCAUUGAAGAGCUUUUUACUGGUGUUCGUGGACAAGGUGCUUAUCUUAAUGGAAGGCCGAUAAAAGUAUCCUCCCAAGAUGAACUUAUCAAAUCUCUUCUGGCAACUGAGAGUGGAACGACACGCGACAAGUCGACAAUAGAUGCUGUUACUGGCAGAAUAAAUAGCCUUCUCUCUAAGGUAAGAUCCCUCAGGAUUAGCGGAUCGUGUGCAUUAGAUAUCUGUGAUGUUGCGUGUGGAAGAAUCGAUCUAUUUUAUCUAAAUGGCUAUGGAGGUCCUUGGGACGCAGCUGCUGGUGCUGUAAUCGUCACCGAAGCUGGAGGACUUGUCUAUGACCCAUCUGGUAAAGAAUUUGACAUCACGGCUACCAGAAUUGCUGCUUCUAAUCCUCUUCUCAAGGAGGUAUUUGUUGAAGCUUUGGGACACCCUCAAUGAGAAAGCCUGCAAUGGCAUCGGCAUGAGAGGUUUGAAUUACUAUUUCAAGGCAUUCAACAUGUUAACAUGUUAAAACUAAUGCAACCAUUGUUAGUUAGAUGUAAGCGUAACAAUUUGAAAAUGGGCUUGGGGAUAAUAAAGGCCCAGUGGGUUGGAGAAUUGGGCUGAGUUAAUCCAAGCCCAAUAGAAUGGAACAAAGGGAAGUGGCUAAAGCUAACUCUUUUUCUUUUUUCUUUUUAUAUUUUUUUUUCUUUUCUUUCUAGUUCUUGAAUCUUGAGUGAGGCUUAGGCUGAGUUUCUUUAUGCACCCCAUUUCAAACCUUUAAUUUGAAAAGCACUCCUUGCGGUGAACUAUUUAAAUGCUA